UAGAAGAGGUUAAUUUAUAAUUAAGAAAAAAAGUAGUGUUGUAAAAUAGGUAAACAAACAAAGUUGAAGGAAGAAGAGACUUAGAAUCAAAGUUAAGAGAUUGGGAAAACAUAGGCAUUAUCAAAAAAAAUUAAGAUAAAAACGGAGAAGAUGAAAAAAGGAAACAGAGAAGAUUUGGAUGAAAUGAAGAAUGAGAAAAUGAAGAAUGAGAAAAUAAGAUCCAAGGCAGGCAAGAAGAAGAAGAAGAAGAAGAAAUCCCCCAUACCCAUGGAGAAUCAAAGCACCUGUUUGUCCUAUGAGAAGCUCAACGGAAUGGCCACUUGGGUCGGUACCAGCGUUGCCUCCGCCUUUUUCGCCUCUCUUGAGCGAUGUUCUUGCAUCAAUCUCUCCACCUCCGACGACCACGAAGAUCCCGAAGAGGCCCAUGAUCGCCCUCUCAUGUACUGCACCUCCACUUCUUCCUCCGUCAUUCGCAGCUUCGAACCCCUUCCUCCCCCAGUCAAUGAUGUCGCCAAUCUCCCCGUUUGACCGCCUCUCUCUCUUUCUCUCUGGAUCUGAGGUCCUUUCCAAAUUAGUGCAGGAACAUGGCCACAUAGCUUGGUGGUAGCAGAGAGCUUUAAUAGAAAUGGCAGAAGAAAACAGGGGGAACAAGGCAACUGCAAAUAAACACCUCUUUAGUUCACUAUUUUAAAUACCUCAUACAUUGUAAAGAAUAUUUAGAUUGUAUUCACUCAUAGAGAAGCCAAGAACAGAUCUUUUUCUUUAUAUAUAUAUAUAUCUUGUAGUCCUCUGUUUCUUAAAA